AUGCCCCUCACCAAAGACCUCCUCCAGCCACCCCCGGAAGAGGAGGAGAGGAAGCACAAGAAGAAGCAUCUGGCGCUGAGCCUCAACUCCUGCUUCAUGGACGGGAAGUGCCCAGGAUGCUAUAAAAUCACCGCCAUCUUUAGCCAUGCGCAGACCGUAGUCCUGUGUGUGGGCUGCUCCACUGUCCCCUGCCAGCCUGCGGGAGGAAAAGCAAGGCUUACAUAA